AUGACCGAACUUUUGAUAAAUAAGUAUGCCGUAAAACAGACCAUUAUCCACCAACGACAAGAAAAAUCCACUGGCGACCCUUGGGAUGAGUUUUUCUAUCGGAUCUACAGUGCCGAAAAACCGCGAGUGGAUAGUACUAGGCAGAGUCGAAGUGCAGAAGUUAAGCUAAACCUGAACAAAGAGCUCCAAGACAAGCUCACCGUCACGGACUACGAUAGCAGUGUGAAAGACAAACUGACACCAUAUAAAUCCUCCUCCUCCGAUCGCGGAAAACGAGCAUUCGACAAUUUGAGUCGUGUCUCGAGCAAAUUGUCGAAACAGCGUCAACAAGAAAUCAGCGAAGAGGGUGGGCCCGAGCACUUGUGUCAACAUGCGACUCUUCCGAAAUUGCCACCCAUACCACGACGACGAGAAACGGAACGGACCGAUGAGCGAGGCCGUCGGUUUCGAGUGGAAAAAGUGAGAGCCAUUUUUGGGUCUGUAUGUAUAUGUGUCUUAGUGGUGAGCAUUGCCCUUAAGUCAGACAAUUUUCUGUUUCUCUCUAUUUCUCUCCAUUUCUCUCCAAUCGUCAUUCGGAAACAGUGGGGUUCCGGUAUAAAGAAGGAUGAUGAGACUAGAAGAUAA